UCUCUUUUGGCUUGACCUUUUAGCUUUUGCUCCUCUUCCUCCUCUUUGCUCUUGCUCUUCCGGUUAUCAUUUAUAUUUUUUCCCUCGUCUGAACCCUAAAAGUAGUUGGGCGUUUGAUUCAAAAGCGGUUUUUCGCUGUAAAAGCGGUUUUUAGGGUCUCAUUCUUGUGUGGCUUUGAACUGAUUCUUCUCCAAAAGCGGUUUUCUCUGCUUCGUUUGAGAAGUUUUGCAUUCUCGCUGCAAGAGUGGUUUUGAGUGUGAUUUUCAGCGGUUUUCGCCUGAUCCCUUCUCCGAGAGUGUUUUGUGUGUUGUGUAUUGGCGGUUUUUUUGCAAGAGUAAGGCGGCUUCGGCUGAAAUAGCAGCUUGCCCUUUUGCGCUGAUUUAGAUACUGCUUUAUAGAUAUUUGGUACAGCGGUUUUCGGAGGGGAAAGAGGGUUUUGGUUCUGAUAGCGGCUGGGUUUAGUGUGGCCUUAUACGGUUUUAUGCCGGAUCUGAACUGGUUUUGAGGGGUUCGCCGUGUUAUUGCAGUGUUAGCUUGUGGUCAUACAAUUGAUUUGGCCGUGAGUUUGAAGCGGUUUUGCAUAUGGGAAAGUGAUUUUGGCUCAUGAAAGUUGUUUUGUAUAUAGUGGUUCUUGAGAGUUAACCUGUGAUCCAAAGCGGCUCUGUUCGUUGUCUCUCUGGUUCCUCUUGUGAUCAAUUCUUUUUGGAGGUUUUUAAUCUUUAAAAUCGCUUUCACCUUAAUUGGUGGUUUUCCUGGCAAUCAAGGUUUUCGAAGGCGGAUUUUUUGAGGUGGAUUAAGGGCCUGGUAUCCAAAGAGGUUUCGAGGGAAGAGAAUUUUGAUUGUCUGCCAUUAUUUUAGUGGAGCUGGAGAAGGACAAGCGAGGGUUUUUCUUUGGAGAUUUUUGGUGUGAUUUAAUGGCGACUGAAGUAAAACCAGAGAAACCUUUGGACGUAAUGAUCCAGAAGUUGAAAGUGGAUACCCCUAAUCAUGCCGAUGCCAAUGCGACUUCUGCAAAGGAUGGGAGCCCAUCCGAUGCAACAUCUUGUAUAUCUUCAUCAGGCGAUGCCACUAGUAGCAUGAAAGGUAGUGACAUUGACCAGGAUUCAUUAGCUGCAGAGCAGGGUUCAUACUACCCAAUGAACAACUAUUAUGGCUACUACUAUCCAGGUUAUGAUGGUUCUUUUGGCGAAUGGGAUGAUCAGGGCUACUACCUUGGGGGUGAAGGGCUGGAGCUCCAAUACCCAGGAAUUCAAGCUGACAAUGGAUCACUCAUGUACUACAUGCCAGGGUAUGGCUUUAAUCAACCUGGGUACAAUCCAUAUGGUCCAUACAUGCCUGGAGCUGUGAUAGGCAUUGAUGGGCAGCCUUUGGGUCAACAGCUGUUUUAUGCAGGUUCUAUGUGUCCUCAACCCCUCAGUUCUCCAGGAUAUUUCCCACCGCCUCUUCCGUAUGGAUCGGAAGUUUUACCAGUGUAUCCAUGGGAUUCCCCCCCUUUAUUUGGCGAUGGGGUGACCCCAACUGGCUUUAGUGGAGGUCCAACAGCCCCGAGUCCCAAGACCAAUUUCUCUGCCAAUCCAAACCCACCUGUGGCUCCUCAGUCAAAAUCCAACCAACCUGCAAAGUUGGGUACACCAUUGGAGAAAGGCGUAACAGCUGCAAUUGAUGCGCAAUCAGGCCAAGGAAAUAUUGUUACCCAGUCUCUUAAACAUGGGAAUAAGGGUGCUCAGCAAAACUCUGCUUUUCAAGCGACGGCUGUCCUGGCAAAGGGUUAUUUCCCCCUACCCAAGUUUCCUGCUUAUUCUAACAAUGGGAAAGGCGGUGUACUCUAUCCAAACAGUCCCAUGAAUUUUAAACAGAAUGGGCGGAACUGGGCGAGUGCAGAAAGAUUUAAAUCGAGGGGUAAAGGCAAUGGUUUCAGUGACUUCGAUGUGUUGAAUGAGCAAAAUCGUGGCCCUCGAACAAAGGGUAUCAGUGAGAAGAGUGAGAGUGAUGGCUUGACUGGUGCAGUCAAAAGAGACCAAUACAAUCUCUCGGAUUUCCUGACCAAGUAUGAUAGUGCUUUCUUCUUUGUGAUAAAAUCCUAUAGUGAGGAUGAUGUUCAUAAGAGUAUCAAAUACAAUGUUUGGGCGAGCACUCCAAAUGGGAACAAGAGGCUCGACAAUGCAUACCAAGAUGCACAACAGAAGGCCCUAGAAAAGGGCAGCAAGUGCCCUGUGUUCCUUUUCUUUUCGGUUAAUGCCAGUGGUCAGUUCUGUGGAGUAGCAGAGAUGAUGGGAAGGGUGGACUUCAACCAGAACAUGGACUUUUGGCAGCAGGACAAAUGGAAUGGUUUUUUCCCAGUAAAAUGGCACGUUAUAAAAGACGUCCCAAACCCUCAGUUUCGACAUAUCAUACUAGAGAACAAUGACAACAAGCCUGUGACCAAUAGUAGGGAUACACAAGAGGUGAAAUUUCCUCAAGGAAUUGAAAUGCUGAACAUUUUUAAGAAUUAUUCAUCAAAGACGUCCAUAUUGGAUGACUUUGCAUUCUAUGAAAACCGGCAGAAGGCGAUGGAGGAUCAGAAGAUUCGGCUGCCUACUCAUCAAUUGGAGCAAAUGCAGAUGAAACCUGAUGAUGGGGCAGCACAGUUGAAGGGUGCCGACCCAAAACCUGAUACCCAGUCGAUGGACCCUGUUCCUGUUAAUGAGAUUAAGGAAAACAAGGUGGAAAAUGAGGCCGAGGAGGGCGAAACAAGGGAAUGAGGCCAAGCAUCCAACUCAUUCUCUCUCUAAAUCAGCAGACGGAUUUUCUGGUUCGCUGUUUGGUGGGGGUGCGCCUGUACACCCAGGAAGGGCUCGCUUGGAGUUUCGUGGGCUUUUUUUGGGGAUUUUGGGCUUCUUGAUAAAGAAUUCGAUGCAAUAAUUUUGAAAAGGGUGGACAAAAAUAUCAUGAAGAAGGCGACCAGAGUGUACCAUAGCGCCGAUUAGUGCCUUUUUAAAAGCGAGGCAGUCGUCGGGCAUCUUGUCAACCGGUUUUCUUCAUCUCUUUUUUUUUUUUUGGGGGUUUUCCUGUUUUUGGGGUUCUUGGUUUUGCUUUCUUCUGUGGGGCCUUUUAUUUCUUCGUUUUUUGGGAUCCUCUGUUUUUUCUUUUUUCGACUAAUUUGCCUGUUAAGGCUUUUCAUAGUGGAUGUGUGUGUGUGGUUUUAAAGAAGGUGUUGGAAGGAAAAGAAGGGGAAGUGAAGGAAAUCCAUUUAUGGAUAGGUUUCUCCUUUUUUCCGUAUCUCCAAAAUGUAAUUGGGUUUUUAAUUUAUGUGAAAGGAAAAGAGGAAGGAAUGAGAAUUGGCUGUUGGAAACCCCA